AUGGAGUACCACCAGCGUGCUCACUGCCAGACCUCGGGACCUCUGCUGCCCACAUCCGUAACGCGUGCUUGCCUGGAUAUCCGUGUACCAAUGCAGAUAGACAAGUCUGACCCCAACACACAGCAAGAACUCAUAAGCGCUGCAGCAGAUAGCGAGUACAACAUGCCCAUCGCCGGGCAGAAUGGAAGUGCGCAGAGGCCGAAGGGUCCUGGCCCAAAUGAAAGCUCCACGUCCGAUGAGAGCCGGACUCAUGGAUGCAGGUCGAGAUGCGGGCCGCCUCAUAGUCUCAAGCCAUUCCAGUGCUUCCCGAUGCACGGCAACGUGUUGCGUUCCUCCACCACCGCCAUCAAGGCGCCCAUAUGCAUUUCGCAUUCUGUUUCACUCCCGCUUUCGGAAUUUGUCAUGGACCCCCAUGGUGAUUACCCAGCAAUGGUGCCCCCUCCUGGGGUAGUUCCUAAUUUUGACAACUAUGGAGGCCAGCACGCCAUGGGAUAUGCCGCUAUUAUUAUUUGCAGUACUCUUGUGUUACUUUCGACCUCGUUGAGAGUCUGGUCACGUCUGAUGAUGAAGCCUCGAUCGUUUGGUAUUGAAGAAGCAUUGCUCAUUUGUGCACUGGGAACCUUCUGUGGAUUUGUCUAUUUGUGCUAUGAGGUGGCAAUGUUCCCUGGUACCUUUGCUCAUCAAUGGAACAUAAGACUAAGGGAUAUGAACAACUUCAAUUGGCGUGUCAAUACGAACUCGAUCUUAUAUGGCCUUAUCCUUGUGCUGCUAAAGGUGGCUAUCCUGAUCGACUGGCUACACCUCUUCAAUCCUUUGAGGAACCGCGACGCUAUGUUCUGGACAAUUCAUAUCCUAGUGGCUGCAAACGUGAUCUAUUGCGUUUGUGCGACCUUCCUGUGGGCAUUUCGCUGCACGCCUCAACGGAAAAUUUGGGACGUCUUCUAUCAAGGGGGUUACUGCCCCAUCGACGUAAAGAUUUUGAAUGUAGUUUCAUCUGUGCUCAAUCUUGUCUCCGACCUCGCUGUACUGGCCGUUCCGCAAUUAAUCAUCUGGAGGCUGAAUAUGACGAGGGCUAAGAAAGCUAGCGUGGCAAUAUUGUUCCUGGUUGGAAUUGGCGCCAUUGUCAUGGGACUCUGUCGAAUGAUCUGGUGUACCAAGAUCCUGAAAUCAGAUGAUGCCACAUACUAUGUUCCCAUUAUGGGUUGCUUCGCCCUAGGGGAGAUCACGGCCGGGUUCCUGAUCAUCGGUAUACCCCCAAUCCCCAAGUUGUUACGCACUUUAUUCGCGGAUGAUUCAGGUAUACGAAGUUUCCUCAGUAGAAUCGGGGUCCUGGGCUCCAACGGGAGCAGACGCAAGACUCAAGAGUUGGUGGGCGGCAGUGACAGGACCGAGAGACCCUGGCGUAGCGCUGCACAUAAGAAACCUCGUGGUGCGUGGGAGAUAACUGAAAACGACACGUUUGACCUCUUGUCUGUCACGUCACAUGCUGAGGCGGAUCGGUACCCAGGUCAUGAUUUGAACGGCAACAUCCCGCAAAAUUCUAUCAAGAGGGACAUGAGGGUAGAUGUUGCCAGCGAACGGAUGGUGGAACUCGAAAAUGUCUACGCCACCCCAGAAAUCCGUGCUCAUCACCGGCUGGUCGGACGACAGCAUGGGCGCAGCCCUCGCGGUACCGUAGCCUUCCAUGAAGCCGGACUACGCAUGUUUGCAACCAGUCACGACCCAGCCAAGAUGGCACAGCUCGCCCACAAGGGCGUCACCACUCUCCCCCUCGAUGUAGUGUCGGCGCCGUCCAUCGCCGCGUGCGUCUCGCAGCUCCCGGUGGACUCGCUCGACAUCCUGAUUUAUAACGCGGGCGCCAACUACAUGAUGCCCGCCGUCGAUGCCGACAUCACGACCGGCAAGCAAAUUUUCGAUCUGAACUUCUGGGCACCACUUGCUGUCGCGCAGGCAUUUAUGCCACUGCUGUUGGCGUCCACGAAUGGGGCUAUAGUCGCCAACCACACCUCGGGGACAGUGACUUUCCACUUCCCGUUUCAGAGCAUCUACAGUGCCUCCAAGGCCGCGCUGGCCACGCUAACUAAUACCAUGAGGCUAGAAGUACAGGCUAUAAUCAACGUGCAUAUCACCAGCUGUUGUGCUUCAUUGCCUAGCAGGAGCGAGAAGUCACGUAACAUUGGCGAGGCAUGCGCUGAGACGCCUUACGUAGCUAGCAAUAUCAACAGCUGA